CUGCUUGCCUCGUUCACUUUCUCUUGGACUUCCUCAGCGAUAAAGUGUCUACUUGAAUUUUUAGUGCGAAAAAAUUUAUUUUCAAAAAAUGUGCAUUUUAUUGUCGUCUAAUCGAUAGUUUUUUAUAAUGAUUUACUUACUUUUUUUAAAAUAAAAUUUACUUAUCUAUUUAAGUAGAAAAUAAUUCGUGAAAUUCAUAAAAAAUGACUGAUUUCUCAGAACCUCAUUCCGACCACGUGGCGAAAUGUCUAACGUCUCUGGAAAUUGAGAAACUUGAUGCACAAAAUUCACGAAUGAUUUCUGAAUUUCGUGCCAAUCAAUUAGAAAAAGAUGCUAAAAAAUAUUGGGAUUUAUUUUAUAAAAGAAAUGAAACGAGAUUCUUUAAAGAUCGACAUUGGACUACAAGAGAGUUCCAAGAAUUAUUAAGUUUAGACGACUCUAAAAAGCAAAUUCUUUUGGAAGUUGGGUGCGGUGUGGGAAAUUUUAUUUAUCCUUUAAUUGAGGAUGGAAUUAUGUUCCGAAAAGUAUUCGCUUGUGAUUUAUCUCCGAGGGCAGUUGAAUUUGUCAAGAUGCACAAUCUCUAUGAUCCAGAAAAGAUCGAAGCUUUUCAAGCUGACGUUACAUUAGAAGAGUGUUUCUCAAAUAUCGAUAUUCCAAUAGAUAUUGCAACUCUUAUAUUCGUUUUGUCAGCAAUACAUCCGGAUAAAUUUAAACGAGUUGCAAAAAAUUUGUUCAAUAAAUUAAACAGCGGAGGCAUGAUAUUAUUCCGAGAUUACGGAUUAUACGACAUGGCUCAACUGAGAUUUAAGGCAGGGCAUAAGAUUGCAGAAAAUUUUUACAUGCGACAAGAUGGUACAAGGAGCUACUACUUUUCAAUUGAAGAGGUCAAAAGUCUUUUCGAGUCUUGCGGCUUUGAAACUGUGUCCUGUUCCUACAUUCAAAGACGUACCGUCAAUGUAAAAGAAAACAUUGAUGUGCCUAGAAUUUUUGUCCAAGCAAAAUUUAAGAAACCUUGAAAAUGAGUGUUGCAUUAAAUUUUUGAAGAAUUGAAACUGAGAUUUUUCUUUGAAGCUUUUGCAAGAUCCGAAUCAGCAGAAAUUAGGCGUUUCACUACAUCAAGUUCGAGUAUGACGUCAGAUAGCUGGAGGGAAAAACAGCAGAUUUUUCUUUGAAGCUUUUGCAAGAUCUGAAUCAGUGUCGCAUUCAAUCGAUUGCAUUAAGUUUUUGAGCAAUUGAAACUGAGAUGUCUGCAACUUCUAAAUCAGAUAUUCCUUCCUGUACUUGAAAAGAUGUCUGGAAUCAAAACAAAAAAUUGUUUUCAAACUUCAGAGCAGGUCUUCUCUAUAAAAUUUGCUGCCUGAAGCUAAAGCGAAAUCGAGAUGAUCGAGAAUGAGGAAUGGAAAUGGAAAAUAGGUGUUCGUAGUCCUCAAUUUUUUAAUCGACCAUCAGAGUAUUUUUAUAUACUUUUCAUUAAUAAAAAAUUAUUUCGAAAGCUCUCACGUACUUGUAUCUCAAAAUAAAGUUAAAGUUUUAAUAAAUUAUUUUUAAAAAAUA